AUGGAUUACUCGUCGAGUGUUAAAGCGGAAUAAGCAACUUUUUUAUUUGAUUAGCUUUCAAACAUGUAUAUUGUAGUUGAUCCUAUUGAUAAACUAAAUAGACGAAAAAAAUUCAAUGAAGAUUUUAGAUUUGUAAUAAAGAAAGAUGAGCUGAAUACAUACAAAAACAUAGACUUAUUUGCUAUUUAUGAUGCAGUAAUGAGGAGGGGUGGAUAUGAGAAGGUGAAUACAGAAUGGAGAUGGAAUGAAAUAUUACGCUCAUUAGAUUAUUAUUAAUUCACACAAGGCGAACUUGUGACAAUAUAUGAUAAAUAGUUAUUAGAACUUGAGAAAAAAUCUCAUAUAACAAAAAAAGGGUACUACUUUUCUUAGAAGAGAAUUGAAGUUUUUGCUCUGUCUAAUGCGCACUUGAGUGGUUACUUUUAAAGGAAAAUAUCAAAAAAUUUAUAUCCUUAAGAAUAUGAAUUUUUUAAAUCUUAGAGUUUUGAACACUUAGAUAUAUUUCUUUGUAUAAGAAGUAUUGUUUUAUGUCACUCUUUAAAGGGAUAAUAGAUAUAUAAAAUUAGCUCUUACAACAUUGAUGAUAGCUAUAGAGAUCUUCUUUACAAAACAUUUUAAUUUUAUUUAUCGUGCGGAUCUCUUUCUCUGAAAACAAUCAAACCUUCCUCUUAAUUAGAUAAAGACUUAAAAUUACCAUAACUUAAUAAACUUGGAUUAGAUAAUUUAAGUAAAAUAUAGGUAGCUGUGAUUGGAUUUACUAUCCCUAAUCUAAUGCUCUGCUUAGAGCUUUUAAGAUUCGGGUUUAGUGUAACUUUAUCUUAUUACCCUAAAUAGAAUAAGAGCGAUUUUGAGUCUUUAAUAGACUUUUGCCCUAUAAAACUGAGCUAGUUUGAAGGAGAUAAAAUUUACAAUAAUAUAAUUGAAAAUAAAUUAUCAUACCACACAUUAAAAUCUCCACAGUAUAUAAACUAUCAAAGUGGAGGGAAAGUUUGGGAAAGCAUGAUAAAUUAAGCAAUUAAUUCAUUCAAUCAAUUUUUAAAAAAUUUGAUUCAAGAAGGUAAUGUUAAUGGCUAAAAAACUAUGUAAAAAUAUAUUGAGGAUUGCUAGCUAUAAUUUAGUUAAUUUGAUGAAAAUGAAAAUUUAAUCAUACAAAGUUUAUUACUAAGGCUUUUAAAUUUUGAUUUGCCUAAGAAUGGGAAAACUUCAUUAAAGGAAUAUUAAAGUUAUUUAAGUCAAAAAUUAAGAGAAAUUAGUGAUUUUAUAAUAGAACCUUGCAAUUGCUUUUUAAAAUUAGGUACAUAAGAUACCCUAUUGGAUUAAAUGAGGGAUUAUAACAACUUUACUUUCAUAAGUUAAAAUGCAUAAUAGUUAGAAUUUAAAUAUAAUGUUGAUGACUUGAUAGAUAAAAAAGCAAGUAAUCAGCCAUAAAGAAUUAAAAUUAAAUAUGAUAAUGGUUAAGUAAAAGAAUUUGAUCAUGUAGUUAUGCAUCCAAAUAAUCAAGAAUUAAAUAAUGGAGAGUUGGGGAUUUAAAUGGAUAGUCUAAAUGCUUAAUAUAUAUAAAAAAAGUUAAAGGUCCUUGAAAAACAUGACCUUCCAAAACUGGUUCUUGAGUUUAAAACAAAAUUUUGGAAAGAAUAAUAUUUUUGCACAUUUUCUAAAAAGUAUGGAUCUCUAAUUUUUGUGGAUAUUUCAAACUUAAAAAAAACUAACUCAUAGCUUAUAUUAGUUUUGAUAUAAAAUUUACCUGAAAAUUACAAAACAGAUUAAAGUUUGAUAAGUGAAAUUUUACAAAUUUUUGUUCAACUUGCAAGUUAAAAAAAUAAAGUUUAGUAUGAAAAAGAAAGGUGGGUUAUAUCUUCUUAGUUCACAAUUAAUAACUAAAUACUACAGCAGUAAGUGGAAAAAGGAUUUUAGGAAUAGAAUUAAAAUAGUCUAAAUGAUAAAUUCAAUAAUUCUUAUACAAAUAAAAAUAAUACGAAUGACUAUUAGUAGGAUAAAACUCACAAGAUAAACAAGAAUUAUAUAAAUAAAUAGAAUAAAUAAAGUAUAUUUGAUUUAAAAUUAUUUGAUGGCUUGUUCAUCAAUUAGUGUAUUUUUUAAAGUGAAAUAUCUAAUAAGAUGGAUUAGUACUACUGCAACAUUUAUAAUAUUAUAAAUAAUAUUCUAUCUUAAAUUGAUUAUGAAUAAGAAACUAAUAACUAAGAUAUAGUUUAAUAAAAUAUUAAAACUAAUUAGAAUUUCAAUAAAAAAUAAUCAGCAAUGAUAGAUAAUCUAAAUGCUAAAAGAAAACGAUUCGAUGAAUAAGAUGAUAGCGACAGUGACCAUAUUCCAAUCAAAAAAAAAUAAAUGUAACAAACACAACUACAUGCUACUUCCUCAGAGAUUUAAGAAUAGUAAAAAACAAAUUAAUAAUCGCUGCUAUAGAAGAAAGAAGAAAAAAUUGAAUAACCUGUAGAUUAAACAACAAUUUAAGCCGAAGAAGACAUAAGCAUGUAGUUGCAAGAGUGUAUUCAACAAUAGUUUAGUAAAGAAAUAAAGAAAGUAGAAAGCAGUGAGAUUGAGAUUAAAUAAAAUUCAACUCAUUCUAUAAAAAUUGAAAACUAUGAAGAAUAAAAAAAUAUUAUAACCAAUUAAGCAAACCUAUUAAAUAAACCUAAUAUUUUACUGUAAUAAUCGUCAUAAUUAUUAUUAUUGUAAAAAAAUAUUUUAGAACCAUAAAUUUAAGAUUAAACUUAAUAAAAUAUUUUCUUACAAUAGUAAAUACCAUAAUAAUUAGAUAUUUCGAACACCUUAUAAGAUUAGCAAUAAUAAGUUUAAUUAAAUUAGAUUCUCUAGCAAUAAUAUUAAUAAUAAAAAAUUCAAUUUUAAAAGUAAGAAAUAUUGUCAACCUAAAACUUGUUGUCAUAAUCAUAACCAUAAAAUAUACCUCAAAAGUAUUAUUCAUACCAAUAAAUACCAGACUUUCAAACUAAAUAAUUUUAAUAAUAAUAAUAAUAAUAAUAAUUGUAAUACAAUCUACCAAAUUAAGAUUUCCAAAAUCAGGCAUAUUUAUAAAUUAAAUAAGAAAAUGGAGUUGAAAAAAUAAAUAAUCCAAUUUUAAAUCUGAACUCAAGCCAAAUUAUAAAUGAAAAUGUCAAUCUGAAGCUGUAAAACUAAAAUAUUUUUUUAAAAUUAAUUUAAGAGUAAGCAGUAAAGCAAGAUUUAGAUUAUUAAUAAAAUUAGCAGGUACCUAUUUAAAUUAAUACUUAAUAAUCUACAAAUGAAGAUGAACAAAAAUAAAUAAAUCCAUAAAUGUUAAAAUAAGAUGAUCAGUUAAUUGAAUAAAAAGAAUAAAAUAUUGAUAUAUAAGAAUUUAAUAUGAAUAAUGACUAGCAACAAUAGAAAUCAGAAACAACAGAAGAAGGCAUAGAAAAAGAGGAUGAUGAUAAUAAUAAUGAUGAUGAGGAAGAAGAUGAAAUUACAGAUGAAAGUGAUGAGAAUUCUGAAGAUUAAGAAAAUGAUGAAGACUAUAAUGACGAUUUUGAUGAAGAAAAUGAAGAAAUAGAUGAAGAAUCAAACCAGGAAGAUGAAGAAAAUAGUUAGAUAAAUGACUUUUAAAAAUAAAAUGGAAGCACAUCUUUAAUUAAAAAGCCUAAGGGUAAAAGAGGAAGACCUAAAACUAAAAUUGCUAAUGUAUAAGCUACAAAAAAAGUAAAAGAUAAAGGUGUUGAUAAAGAGGAAUACAAACCUAUUGAGUAAUUAUAAAAAUAUUAUCCUUUUAGGUAAUGGAAAGCUAAAUAAAUGCAAAAUUAGAGUUAAAAAAAUGGAUCGAAUGAUCACUUUUAGCAAAUGGUUUAAAAUUUUAGCCUUUAAAAUGAAGUUGUAAUCAAUUUCAAUAAGUUUAUGGAUUAGAUGAUGAAUUAACAAAAGUAAUACUUCCAUUAAUGCAUGGACCUUUUUGAAUUAAGACAACCUUUAAAAGUAGGCGAAGAUAAAUAUAUAUGGAAAUUUGGUUCUCCCUAUAUAAAUACUUCAAAUAAACAGCUAUGCUUCAAUAAUGGAUUUAUGUCUGUUUACAGAGAUUUUUCUAUAAAUCACACUAAUAAAAGUACUUAUUACCUAUUUACUUCAAUGUAUAUUAAUGAGCACUAAAGAGAAUACUAUUCAAUAAUAUCUGGUGAUAAUCUUAAAGUUAUUUUAGUUCAUAAAGAUUUAAAUUUGCUCUUCAACAAGUUUUAAAAAAAAAUGAAUAAAGCGGAAAGAUAUAGAAAUGCUUUUUGUUAUUAUGAUUUUGUCAAUCCAAAUUAAGUAUUUCAGAAUUUAUCUCAUAAACUAAUAUAUACAUCUAUACUUGAGAGUUUAAGUGAAAGGUAAGAUAAACUGGAAAUAGAAAAGAGAUUACAAAUAGAAUGCAAUGAAAUAGCCUUUUUUUAAUCAAUUGAAGAAUAUUUUAAAAACUAAAAGAAAUAAUAUAAUGUACCUGAAGGUCUGACAUUAGGAGAUCUUUUCUUUGGGUAUUAUGAUCCAAAAAUACAACUUUUGAUGAAAUUAUCUAAAACAUAACCUAAUUUAAAAAGAGAUAGUUCAUCUAAAGAAAUAAAAUUCCUAUUUUAAAAGAAUAUAAUCCCUAGAAAAAAUGAUCUCCAAUAAGAAAAAAUAUCAACUGAAUAUAUUAUGCUAAAUUAAAUACCUAUACCUCAAUAAUAUUAAGCUUAAAGAAAGUUUAUUGAUUAUGAUAAUGGUUAAUUUGAGGUGUAUUAUGGCCUUGAAAUAAAAUGUUUAAAGAAGGCUGGAUUAAUUAGGAAAAAUCAAGUUAGAUAGCAAAAUACAAAAUUUUUAUUGAUAAAAUUUGAUGAUUAGUAAAUGGUUAAAAAAGAUAAAAAAAUAGAUGAGUUUGAUAGUCCUUAAUCUUGUUUUAUUACAAUUUUACAAAACCUUUUAAAUAAUGUUAAAAACACCUCAUUUUUAAUUGAAUAUAUGUACUAAUUUAUAAAUAGCGAAAUGAGGGCUUUAAAAAAACUACCAAAAUUUAUAAGAUUUUUCAACAAACUUUAUAAUUAUGAAAUACCAGAAAUAUAAAUUUAGUAUUAAGAUCUUGUUAAAUAUUUAACUCAAAUAUCAAUUUAAAAACUAAAUUCAAGCUCAUAAUAAAGAAGUAAUAAAAGUAUGUCUCUCAAUCAAGUAGAGGAAUAUAUUCUUGGUGAACUAAACCAAAUUGAAUCUUUUCAAUAUAUCUAAAAUAACUCUAUAGAACAGUAAAAUCUUAGAGAAGUUAUUUCUUAAUACAUACUAUUUCAUGCAUAUGUUUCUCAGCUUAAUAUUUCCAUAGAAGAAUAAAAAGAAUUCUUUGAAGAAUAUUGUAAAAACCCAAAGAAAUUUAAUGUUAUAUAAUCAUCUCAAAAUGAAGAAGAACUAUUUUUAAUUACUAGUGAAUAACCAUACGAUUAUUAGAGUUUAGAAGAUGAAUUUUAAGAAAAAUAUUAAGAAUAACUUAUGGCAAAACAAAAAUUAUUUGGUGAACAAGAUUGA